UCUGUGGUGUCUCCAGGCUGGGUGAACACACUUGUCGGGGGCCAGAAAGAAGGAGCCAGAGGUUUCAUGUUUUUCAUCAUCAAUGUUGACCUAACUGAGGAGGGGCUUUUGCACGUAGAGGACAUCAUCUUCCACAUGUUCCAGUACAUUCAGAAGCUGAGGACGGAGGGACCACAGGAGUGGGUUUUUGAGGAGUGUAAGGAUCUGAACAAAGUUGCGUUCAGGUUCAAAGACAAAGAGCGUCCUCGGGGAUACACGUCUAAAGUGGCCGGGCUGUUACACUACUACCCUCUUGAAGAAGUCCUGGCUGCUGAGUAUCUUUUGGAGGAUUUCAGACCAGACUUGAUUGAGAUGGUUUUGGACAAACUCAGACCAGAGCACGUCAGAGUGGCGGUGGUGUCAAAGUCGUUCGAGGGUCAGACGGAUAAAACAGAAGAGUGGUAUGGCACGCAAUACAAACAAGAAGCUAUUUCAGAUGAGACCAUCAUGAAAUGGGCAAAUGCAGACCUGAACGGAAAGUUUAAACUGCCCAUGCGAAAUGAGUUCAUCCCGACAAACUUUGAGAUCUACCCUCUGGAGAAGGACGCACCCUCCGUCCCCAAUCUAAUCAAGGACACGGCGAUGAGCAAAGUCUGGUUCAAACAAGACGACAAGUUUUUCCUGCCAAAGGCCUGUCUCAAUUUUGAGUUCUUCAGUCGCUACCUUUACGCAGACCCCCUUCACUGCAACAUGACGUACUUGUUGCUCAGAUUACUGAAGGAUGAUUUAAAAGAGUAUACUUAUGCAGCCCGGCUGGCAGGGCUGUACUAUGGAGUAGCCUCAGGGAUGAAUGCCAUUCUCCUGUCAGUAAAAGGUUACAAUGACAAACAGCACAUCCUCCUGAAGAAGAUUAUUGAGAAAAUGGCCACAUUCGAGAUUGACGAGAGACGUUUUGACAUCAUCAAAGAAGCGUACAUGAGGUCUCUGAAUAACUUCCGGGCAGAGCAGCCUCAUCAGCACGCCAUGUACUACCUUCGUCUGCUCAUGACCGAGGUGGCCUGGACCAAAGACGAACUCAGAGACGCCCUUGACGAUGUAACUCUUCCUCGACUGAAAGCGUUCAUUCCUCAGCUCCUCUCUCGGCUACACAUCGAAGCACUCAUACAUGGAAACAUCUUAAAGGAGUCUGCUCUGGGAAUGAUGCAGAUGGUGGAGGACACUCUGAUCGAACACGCUCACACCAAACCUCUGCUCCCGAGUCAGCUCAUCCGCUACAGGGAGGUGCAGGUCCCAGAUGGUGGGUGGUACGUGUAUCAGCAGAGGAACGAGGUGCAUAAUAACUGUGGCAUAGAGAUCUACUAUCAGACAGACGUGCAGACCACCCACGAUAACAUGCUGCUGGAGCUCUUCUGUCAGAUCAUCUCUGAGCCCUGCUUCAACACACUGAGAACCAAAGAGCAACUCGGUUACAUCGUGUUCAGCGGUCCCAGACGAGCCAAUGGUGUACAGGGCCUGAGGUUCAUUAUCCAAUCAGAGAAGGCACCUCACUACCUGGAGAGCCGUGUGGAGGCGUUCCUGUGCACCAUGGAGAAGGCAGUGGAGGAGAUGAGUGAGGAGGCCUUCCAGAAGCACAUCCAGGCCUUAGCCAUCCGCAGACUGGACAAGCCCAAGAAACUGUCCGCCGAGUGUGCCAAGUACUGGGGAGAGAUCAUCUCACAGCAGUACAACUUUGACAGAGAUAACAUUGAAGUGGCCUACCUGAAGACACUGACGAAAGAGCACAUUAUGAACUUUUACAGAGACAGACUGAGAGUAGAGGCUCCAAAAAGACACAAGGUUUCAGUGCACGUCUUGUCCAGAGAGAUGGACACAUGUCCAAUCGUGGGUGAAUUCCCUUCACAAAAUGAUGUCAACCUGUCUCCUGCCCCUUCUCUGCCUCAGCCCAUUCUGGUGCAAGACAUGACUGAAUUCAAGAGGAGCCUGCCUUUGUUCCCUUUGGCAAAACCUCACAUCAACUUCAUGGCAGCCAAACUGUGAGGUGCACCUGAAUCCACAAUAUACCGGGACAGUACAGGGACACUAGGGGGGCACCCACAGCACCCUUUGUUCCCCUCUCUUACCCCUUAACGACACCCCUUUAAAUCUGACCGAACCUGCAUUAGAUUGUGCAUGUAAGGCAGGCUCCUAUAGGACUCAAUGGGGGUACAAAAACCUAUGUAUUUCAAAUCACAGAGCUAGUUUGUGCUAACGGUAGCUAGCCACUCCACUUCACAAUAGAGUAACUAGCAAACAGGGCAAAACAACUUGUCCCUUCAUGAGUACAUAGCGUUAAAAUCCAAUCACUCAAAUAUUGCUGCUUUUUGAAUUAGUUUUUUAAAUAGAAAAAAAUGUCAAUUAAUGAAGACAGAUGGAGAAUUGUAAUGGACAUUUGAAUGGCAAAAAGUACCCAAUAUUUUUUUCAAGCGUAUGCAUUUGUGAAGGACAUUGCCUUAUAUUUAUGGUUUUAAAGUUAAAGCUAGCAGGAUGUAUGUUGAAUUCUAUGAGCUGGUAAAAUGUUGGGAUACUUUGAGGAGCAAUUUUAAAAUAAUUUUCCAAAUAUUAAUUAAAGAAGGGGUAUUAUGCUGAAUCUUUUUUUUAAGCUUUUUACUGUGUUAUGUCAUUCCCUCAUCAAAUACAUGCCUGAAGAGGUUUUAAAUGUCAUCCAUGCAUGUUUGAGUAAUUUAGCAAUCUGUUCUGGGCCCUAUUUGAACCCUUCUUAGAGUUGGCUGUAAGAUUGUGUGCAAUGCUGGGCCUACGUCAUCCGCACCACUCCAUAAUGUACAAAACCACGACACAAAACUGUACACAACUAUUUAACAAACCAUGUGCAGUAGUUUCUUUUUUGAGAAGUGUGCUGAUUGUUUUGAGAUAUCGCUCUAAAGGGGAGUGACUUGCACAGAGAGCAAAGGGAAGCGAGAGUUAUUAAACGCGUUAUAUUUUUUUCAAAACAAUAAAAGGUAACAUGGCGAUCUAAACAUAUAUAUACUGUCUGUCAGCAGUUAAUACCCCAUACAACUCUAAUACCCCGUCUUUAAAUGUUUCUUUUUAAAAUUUUCAGUUGCAUUUUUAGACUAGCUACCGACAUCUCAGGGUACUCCCAUUGCUGUGUUUAUUCAUUUAAUUUCAUUAGCUGCUGGAAAUAAACAUCAUCUACCUUUUGUAACAGCUGUUUUUUUGGGUUUUUUUUUUUUUUUUCAAAUUUUAGAACAAUAAAUCCCGGGAAGAUUGUCAAUACUUUAAUUGUCUGUAUUUGACUGAAGUUUUUUCCUGUAAGCUGUAAUGUACAUGGAGGGGCUAACAGUAUAAGCUAUGCUAAAUAUGAUGCAUACCAGCACUAUUUGGUUGUUUUUGCUUAGUAUUAUGACAUUUAUUGGUUAAAAAACAUUAAUUUCCAUACAAAAAUAGACCUGAAAACCUCCCAAAAGCUUGUGUUGGCCCUUUUCCUUGUUUACAUCUUAACGUGAUUGUAUCUUACUGAUAAUUAACUAAAAAAUAAUAAUAAUAAAACGAGAGUAAAUGUAUCUUUCAGAAUCAGCAUAGUGAUAUAGUUCAACAAAUUAAGUUAUAUUAGAUUUCAUAGUUUUUAGAUGCCCUACCUCACCUUACCAGCCACUUUGUACUAUGACUGGAAUGGCAGGUGAAGUGUCUUGCUUAAGGACACAACAGCUAUGUAGUCAGGUGAAUUUGAACAGUCUGUUGCUCCUCUACUGCCUUUUAUUACCCCAUUAGACACAAAAACAAAAAAAACUGCAAAAAAACACAUGCGCAGCUAUACAAUUAUUAGUGGAUUUGAAUGAAACAGUUGAAAAUGUAAGAUAUUCUGCAAAUUGGAAACUUAACUAGUCAUUUGAGACAAUCCUGGUCCAACUAUAUGAAUAAAAAUGAAACCUCCACACUGCAACAGCUGGACUGGAGAAAUGGACUGGAAAAUUAAGACCAAUUCAUCCUACGUGAAUGUACGCGGAUCUCAAAGCAAUAAACUACUAGAACAGCAAAGGGAAGAGAGACUGUUGUACAAGACUGUUUAAGUUCUCAUUCAGGGCUGCAUUGACUCGUCUGAUAAUGACGAGUUAAUUAUCGAAAAAAACAACCAAUUUUUAAUCAAUUAUCUUGAACUAUUUAACUUGUUAGUAUUUCUCAAUUUCUACAAAAAUGUCUACGGGAGGGAAUGUUAUUUGUAGACUAAAUGCCGUUUUUGUUUUGUUUUUUCUCAUUUUGGAUGCAUUUAUUCCCUUAAAAAAAAAUAGAAAAACAUGUACCUUACUGUGAGCGGGCUUGUAUCUCCACAAACCUGACUCUUCCGUAGCCCGCAGGAGGGUCCUCUGGCGCUUUCUUCCACAGAAAUGUUGUUCCUUUGGCUAUAAUCUUCCACAGUAUGGCAUAUAACACUUCUAUCUCCAUGGAGAAUGUUCCAAAGUAUGGUUUUAAUUUUCAGUUUCCAUGUAGUCAUGCAGGUGAUGUGCCACUUCCAGGAAGUUGCAUACUGAACCUUUAAGACUUGUCAUAAAAAUAUUGAGUUGAUGCUGUUAAAAUGAGCUUAUCUCAGGUGCUACCAAACAUCUGUAUUAUUUUAAACAGCCACAUCUGUUUUUAUGUCAAUUUUUAUACAUUUUUUUUCCCUGUUUUUUGUCAGUCAAGCUGUGUUUUAUUUCUUAUUCAAAAUUCAAAAUCCACCUAUGUAAGCUUCUCCAAGUUUCCCAUCAUUUUACCAAACCCAUGUUGUUAUCUAUGUCAAUGUAUUUUUGUCUUUUGUCUCUCCUUUUUGGUCGAUAACCCAAAGAAAAACCAGCAAAGAUGUUAAAAUUGUAGCUAAAAAACGUAUAACAUAAUACAAAUUGUCCUGCAGUGUUGAGAAUAGACAAUAGCAACAUUCACAUAUCAGGCUACACAGGCCAUGCACUGUUAACCGUGUGAUGUAGGAGAAAAACAUUGGACUUAUAGAAUUUUUGGUGUUUUUGUUUUAAUUUUGAAUUUCCUGGAUGUAAACUCGCCGUGUGAUUGGUUGAGAUGAGGUGUGGGAGGGGUCAAAAUGAGUGCUGGCGUUUUUAAAGUUUGUUUUUAAAUUGUUUGUGUGUUUCUAAUUAAUAAACUGAAUGGAAGAUUA